GAGGGAUAAGGGGCGGGACAUAUUCAUGUGGGAAAUCAUCGUCAGAUGGAGCCGCGAUCGGGAGGGCGUUGAAACCAGAGAUAAACAUAUUUCAUUCUCUCAGUGUAUUACAAAACAGCACGAUACAGCUGAUGCAUCUGAGACGAUGGAAAGAUGAAAGGAGGAUCUGAACAAUUUAUAAUGAACAAUAAAGCUAUGGAUGAAGUGCUAUUCCAUGCUUCAGAAAGUGUUGAAGCCUUACAAGUACAAUUGCUUUCAAGAUUUCAACAAGGACGAGAACUCCUUCUUGGCUAUGCAGAACAUUUAAAUAAUUUGACCAAUACUCCUGUUGCCCAACAGUUACAAAAUACAUAUAAUCAAGCAUGGAUUGUUAUCCAGCGUUUUUUAAAUGAAAUUAAAGAUGUUGCUGGGAAAAUAAGUAAUCCUCAACAGUUUCUUUCCAGAAUUCUUCCAAUACUAGGAUUUGAUGGUAGUCCAAGCAUCAGUGUCUAUUAUGGCUCAGUGGGAUUUCUGUUAGGAGUUGGUGUUGGAGUACUAGUUGGUCUAUCUUGUCGUCGUCAGCCUCCUGCAGUACAGAAAAUGUGUGCAAUUGUGUGUACCAGUUAUGCUGGUGUAGAUGCAGUAACGGCUUCAGAAGACAUUCAUUGCCCUCAAAUUCAUAAUUCCGAUGAGGUAAUGGUUCAAGUGAAGGCAGCAUCUGUAGACCCUGUGGAUGUCAAUAUUUGUUCAGGCUAUGGUCGUGUUCUAAGACGGCAUCUAGGUCGAUAUAAUGCUAACGUGGUUGGAGAAUUUCCUGUUAUUCUUGGACGUGAUUGUGCUGGUGUGGUUGUUGAAAUAGGUCAAAAAGUGAAUAAUUUUGAAUUGGGUGAUGAAGUAUGGUUUUCUGUCCCAUAUUGGGCGAGUGGUGUUCUUGCUGAAUAUGUGGUUGUGAAACAAAACUUACUGGCCCACAAACCUAAAGGGAUAACUUUUGAAGUUGCUGCGUCUCUUCCUUACUCUGGAAUGCUGGCAUGGGAUGCUAUGGUUCACCAGGCUGGUUUGAAUUCUAAAACCUGUCGUGGUAGACGGGUUCUUGUUCAUACUGGUUGCAGUGCUAUAGGAUGUUUGUUGGUACAGCUAGCUCACCUGUGGGGUGCUCAUGUGACAGUCACAUGUCCUCUGCGUGCCACCCCAGUUGCCCAAGCUCUUGGGGCUGAUUGCAUAAUUGUUUGUGGAGAGGGUGGUGACAUUGAAAAGCAGCUGCUACAAACUGAUCUAUUUGAUGUGGUUUUUAAUACAGUAGGGAAGAAUGCACAUGAAAUGUGCCUUAAAUUCUGCCGAGAUGAUGGCCGUGUCAUUACAACAAUUGCUGCAUCUCUACCGUCGGAUACAUAUGGCUUCUUUAUAGGCAUUUUAUAUUCUUUGUUUGUGAAGAUGAGAUGUUUGACAUGGAGAUUAUUUGGUGCUAGUGUAUGGACUUCUGCAGUCCUAAACCCUUCUGUUCUCGAAAAUCUUGGUGCAAUGGUUGAAACGGGUGGCUUGCAACCUGUAGUAGACAAAAUAUUCAUGCCACAAGAUGCUGAACUUGCUUUCCAACAUGUUGAACAGGGUGAUUCUAUUGGAAAAACUGUUAUUCGUUUCAGAUCCCGCAAGCGUCAUACAUCAGACAGGAAACGUAUUAGUAAGCACAGAAAAUCUGAGCGAGAAGCUGUAAAACACCCGUAAGUGCACUAUGAGAAGUAGGAUAUUGUAGCAAAUCUGAAUAUUGUUUGCUAGUGUAUAUUUAGAAUGUACAAUUUGUAUAAAUAGAACAAAGAAUAAAUGUUUGUAAUUCUUACAAAA